GAUCUACUAGUAAAAAGUGGUGCAAACUGUUGGUAAAAAUUUCUUUAGAGAUUCAAUGGCGAUGAGAAAAAUUAAACAAUUGAUUUUUAGUAGGUUUUCAUAGUCUGCGUUGGUAGAACUGGUAGCUUCCCCAUUUGGCAUUUCUCAGGUGCAGUGUCGUGUGCUUACACCUUACUGCUAAUUGAUAAGAAAAAGAAGUAGGCCUUCCCUUGUUAAUUGUAUCAAUGUGUGGAAAUGGUGUGCAAGGAAGAUGUUGUUUCGUGGUUUAAGAGUUUACAAAGUCAUACACGCAUAGAUGUCAUGUGUAACCUGUUUAAUUUGUGCUUACCCUUCGAACUACGGUUCCUAGGCACAUGCCUGGAAGACCUCGGAAAACGAGAUUUUCAUGAUCUCAGGACUACCGAAACUUCGGCUAAUAACCCUUCAGAAUUAAGUUCUCCAGACUUUCAGUGUAUCAGUGAUAAGCGUGCUCGAACUAAGUUGGCUUUAUACAUAUCGCUGCUUCAUUCUUGUAACUAUGCAUGCUCUAAUGGUUUUUAUAAAAUCCUCUCUAACAUUGAAGAAGUGAACCAUCUUAUUAAAGUUAAUGGUGUAUCUAGUGCAGAUGAUGAAGUUUUGGAAGAACUUCUUUUGAUAUACACCUUGGCUUUAAACCAUCCUGCAUUUACUUUUGAGCAAAAACUCUACUUAGGUGAAGUUUUUACUAAGCUUCAGCAAGAAGAUGAUCGAAGACAAUGUGUUAAACGGACUAGAUCGGUGCAAGGAUCAUCGGGGCUAGAGCAAGUUGACAAGAUCUCAAUGCAGGCUUAUCAGCCAUGUGGUUCACCGGAUCAAAUCCAGAUGCAUCCCCAGAGCAACACUGGUCACUCUACACCCAUGACUCCUGCGGCUCUAACAGGUGAUCCGCUUGUGAGCAUGCCCGAGCCAAUGAUGGGGUUCCUCCCGCCAUAUUUAAUGAGUUACCACCCUGCCAUGGUGCUACAGCCACCCCCCUCAGAUCAAAGAUCUCCCUUGGUCAGUCGUACCAACUCACCUUGCCAGUCUAACUCCCCUAGUAGAGCGGGCUCACCAGGGAGACCGAAGACUCUGCCUCAGUCGUUCAACCGACCUCCGCCCCCCGUCAUCGACCCUCUAAGGGUUGAACAGAUGGGUAAAGAUGUGCCACACAACUUGCCUAAUGCUGGGAAACCAACGUCCAUGGAACAGUUGAGACGGCUGACUGAUGAGGAACUACGAGAGCAAGGGUUCAACAACCUGUCUAUCAACCAGUUCCGUACGUUGGAGACCAAGCUUCAAGCUACCAAUGGUUACAACCUUCCGGGCAAGAAGUUACCUCCCGUAGAACCUGAGCCUGCGCCCGCAGCUGACGUCUCUGCCGCUGGACCGUUGCGGAGGUACAACAGCAUGGACGGCCCACUCAACCCUGCGCCGCCUCAGCCGCAGUUUUACUACCCGUGUAUCACGUCACCGUCGUGUCUGGCGUGCAUGGUGGGCUACCGUGGUGCGCCACACGCCAAGUUCCCUCUGGUACAUCAGCUCAAGUGCAUGAGUCUGGAGAACGACGCCAGCCUUCACAACUCCAGUGCUAGUGACUCUGCUAGUGACCACUCACCACCCGACACACCUAGUCUGACCACUGCACCGUUAGAGAGAGGAGGUCCAGCAGAGGUGUGGGAGGAGCAGAGGUUACCAGAGACAAGUGACAGGAUAGUAGCUGGACAUGGACGUUCACGAGGAGCUGGCCGCAGCAGUCGUACCAACCCUCCUGGAAUACAGACCUUGCCUCGGGGCCGUGGACUCAAUCCUGCUCAUAGGCGGAGGGAUGCAAACUCUGCUAAUGGCUCGGUAGACGACCGCAAAGUGUUCAAUAACGAAGGAGGCAACGGCGGAGGGGUGACUUUCCCCUUCACCACCCCGUUGUAUCCCCAGAAUCAGUUCGUACAUGCAGCCGCCUUCCCGUCAUUCACGUCGCAGGGCUCCGUUUACCAUCGACUGCCUCUACAUCAUCCCAACGGAGAGAUGCUGUUCCAUCCGUUGCCGCCACCUCCCACGACACAGUUCCUGCCCACACGGCCUGCGCUGCCGCAUAUGCCUUUCUCGCCCCUUGUCCCUCCGCCUAAGAUCUCUUGUUACAACUGUGGCAGUCAGAGUCACAUCGGCCCGGACUGUCCCGAGGCUACCAUUGAGGAGAUUACCAACAAGGGUCAAUACAAGAUCGACUACACCAACAACUAUCCCAAGCCUGGCGAGUGUCCACCCACACAAGACAAGUGACCUCGCCUCUCUACUAUAGUUACGUCUUCCAGCACCAGCGCAGCGCCAUUGUCACCGUAAACUAUUUAUUUCUAUGAUUACUUUUUGUUUUAAUAGUGUAAUUAGCCUUAUCUGUGCACAUUCUUUUAUAUAAUUUUCUAAGCGUAUAAAUUAUUUAAAGUCUUAACGCUUAUCACGGCAGGUGAAGCUGAUUCGUAUUAUUUAUUGUAGUCGGGAUAUUAUUAUUUUUUUAGUCCGACUUUAUUUAUGUCUUAAGGUGGUCACACCGACUAUAUAGCGUCCCUUUAUGACUCAAAGUAUUUUGUUAUACCUUUUUAUUGAUUGAAAACCGUUUUUAUAUUUAUACUGAAAUAUUUUCUGUAAUAUUAAUCUUGAACAGAUUUUACUGAAGUUAACAACCCGAUUUACACUCACACGAUGAAGCUCUCUCAGAAAGUGUCCUUAUCGACAGAUCGGUGAUGAUCCCGGUACUUAAUCGCUUGCUUCACAUCGUCUCUAAGUGACAUCUACUGUUGAGUCUAGCGUUUCACAACUACGGUAGUGAUUUGUCUGUGUUCAUUGCUGUAAAUACCAUUAAUGUUACAUUUGUGUAAAUAGAUUUACUAUAAAUACUACCAAUAAGUCAUGAAAAAUAUAUUUGUUAAGUUGUAACGUGUGAGUUAAAAAUAUUUUACCUUUGUGUAUUUUAAAGGAAAAAAGAUAAAAAAUAUUUGAAUAAAAA